CCCCCCCCCCCCCCACCAUCUCCCACACAGACGAUCAUGGUUCACGCCGACGCGUCCAACUUCGCCAACGGCGUCACCAAGGAGGAGGCCUACGAGCAGGUUCUCCUGCAAGCGGAAGGCCUCUUUGACGGCCAGAGAAACUGGAACUUCACACACACACUCACUCACACACACACACACACACCCGCUCACACUCUAACCCCACCCAGCAACCUCUCCAACGCGGCCUCCCUCCUCUGGCACGCCUACCACUCCCUCCCGCCGCCCUCGACCUCGGUGAACUGGGCCGGCUUCUACGUCCUCGACCCGCGCGCCGCCCCCGGCCGGCCCUCGCUCAUCCUGGGGCCCUUCAUGGGCAAGGUCGCCUGCCAGACCAUCCCCUUUGGCCGCGGCGUCUGCGGCGCCGCCGCCGCCUCGCGCGAGACCCAGCUCGUGCCCGACGUCGACGCCUUCCCCGGCCACAUCGCCUGCGACGGCGACAGCAAGAGCGAGAUCGUCGUCCCCGUCGUCGCCGACGACGGCAGCCUCGUCGCCAUCAUCGACGUCGACUGCACCGUCACGAGCGGCUUCGACGACGUCGACCGCGUCUGGCUGGAGAAGCUCGCCGCGCUGCUGGCCAAGAGCUGCGACUGGUGA